AUGUCCAUUCAGCUGGGAAAACUUUGUUCCCGCAUUAUCGAACAGCAUUUUGGUGAGCUGGUGCGAAUCGUGGGCGACAAUCUGUUUGCGUCGAUCGCGAAACCUUUGUCGCAAAUCGUACGCUCAACCGGACUGACAAAAUCGGAGGUAUGCAAAUCGCUGGCAAUCCUCUUGAAGUUCGGAUUGGUCACUUUUCGUCUGAACGCUGCCCAAACCGGAUAUGAGUAUCAACUGGAUCACGACCGCGUUCUCAUGAUACUUCGCUACCCACGUUACGUGCAUUUGAUACAAACGAAGUUUGGUCACGAAUCGGCAGCGUUGUUGGAGGAAUUGCUCCGUUCGGGAUCGCAAACGGCAUCGUACAUCAUACUGAAAUCCCUGGCGAAUAUUGACGCCACAGGGCGUAACACCGUGUCGGUGCUGCGUGAAAAAUUUGGCACCCUCGUGAGCGAACGGUACAUCAUUCGUGCCCCCGAUUUGAAGCCCCGCGACGGUGAGCUGACAGAGUUGGCCUACGACGACGCCAACCUAUUCGCCAUGCCUCAGUUGGAGUUGCGGGAGCUGAACGAUCUACACGAACGGAAAACUACCAAAGUGCCGGACGAGGGCAUCAACUGGCUGGUGAACGUGGAACAGUUUCAUCUCGACUUUCGCGACAGCGUUAUGACGAAUGCGGUUGAACGGUUGAUCGACGCGAAUGCCAGUGAGUGCAUGAAACACCUGCUGGAAGUGAUGUACCAGCGGACCAAACCGUGGGAAGCGGUUUCCAAUCCGAUCGGGCUGGUAAAUCUGCGGCAGAGGUGUGAAAAACAAUCGAAAAACGUAGAGAUGAUGCGCUUCCUGGACCAGUACAUCUCUGUCAUGGAAUCGAACGAGUACGUUUCCCGGUUCGACCACAAAGGUGGUGGCCAGUAUACGGUGAAUGUGAAGAAAAUUUUCCAACAGCUAACGUGGGCGUGUAUCGAAAACAUAAUCAUGGAAAAGUACGGAUCAAAAGCGGCCCGCAUUUUCCGUGUCAUUCGUAUGAAGCGCUACAUCGAGCAGGAAGAUAUACAGAAAGAGGCGAUGGUGCCGGCAAAAGAGGCCAAACAACUCACAUACAAACUGCUCGAGGAAAACUUUCUGCAGAUACAGACGUUUCGCAAACCGGGUGGAGGAAACGCGGGAGCACCUAAAUCGUUCUUUCUGUUCUACGUCAAUCAGGGACAGAUAGUGGCCAUGCUGCUGGAGAUAUGCUACAAAGCGCUGUACAAUUCCAUCACUCGCUCAACACACGACAAGGCGGUUAACAAGCGAUUGAUCGAAAAAAGUCAGCGUCUGGACAGCAUCGUGGAAACGAUGAAGGAACGCGGAGAGUCGGAGGCGUACAUUAAUGAAAUUCUCGAAACGCUCACCCCGCCGGAGCAGGAAAUAUUGAAGAAGGUUAAGCUGCGUGUCAAGAGCCUGUACAGUGCGGAAAUCGGGAUCGAUGAAACGAUUUUCAUACUGAAAUUGAAUCAAGAAUAUCAAAUGAAAUAA